AAAGGAGGGGUACAUAACAUUUUGGAGCAAAGGGUUUUGCUCUAGACAUGCAAAACCUCCCAAUUAUAGCAGAUUCUUCUUUUUUCAAACAAAAAAUUCAUUCUUUUUUCUAGCCUUUGAAAUUCUGUUUGUUAAAUUUGGAAGAUGGGAAAUUUGUUUGUGAAGAAACCAAAGAUCACUGAAGUAGAUAAAGCAAUUCUAUCUUUGAAGACCCAAAGGCGUAAGCUUGCUCAGUAUCAACAACAGUUGGAGGAUGUUAUUGAAGCUGAAAAACAAGCUGCAAAGGACUUGCUGCGUGAAAAGAAGAAAGAUAGAGCCCUUUUAGCAUUAAAAAAGAAAAAAGUGCAAGAAGAAUUAUUAAAGCAAGUUGAUGUUUGGCUCAUAAAUGUUGAGCAGCAAUUGGCAGAUAUAGAACUGACAAGCAAGCAAACGGCUGUGUUCGAGAGUUUGAAAACGGGAAAUAAUGCAAUUAAAGCAAUACAAAGUGAGAUCAACCUAGAGGAUGUUCAAAAGUUAAUGGAUGAUACAGCUGAGGCAAAAGCUUAUCAAGAUGAAAUUAAUGCAGUUCUUGGAGAGAAGCUAUCUGCAGAAGAUGAAGAGGAAGUUUUAACAGAAUUUGAGAAUCUGGAAUCUCAGUUAUCUGUGCAAGAUUUGCCAGAAGUUCCUUCUGCAUCACCAUCUGCUGAAAAUGUGGAAGAGAAAUUGGAUCUUCCUGAUGUACCUACAAAAACUCCAGUCAUUGCGGAUGCUGUUAAUGAGGAUGCUCAAGAUACUUCAGCUGGGAUUACUGAGCGGAAAAAAGUUAUGGAGGAACCAUUACCUGCAUGAUCACUUGUGUCUUGGUUCAUAAUGUCAAGUUUUGCGACGCUAUUAAGUCCUUUUUAAAUGAAAAACGAUUUCUAACUUUAUGUAACAUGUACAGUCGUCCUUCGGUUAUUUUUUUGAAGGUUUCUGUAUUCUCUCUUGUGACUGUACAGAUCUAUUUCAGAGAUCAUAUUCGAGAUAUCAUAUUUGUACAGUGUUCUCCAUCAUGUAGACGUAUUCUUGGUCGUUGACCAGUAUUGUUCAUUGUUGCGUGUGAGCAAUCUCCCUUCUGUUUAUCUUGAUACUAUGCACUGAAGCUAACUGGUUCUUCUUGGAUUUGAUACUGAUAUAUCUUAAUCAGCAAUUAUUCAACUAA